AUGGCAUCCAGAGCAACAACUUCCAUCUCCCCCCUUCUGCGCCAGCUGCGCCCCCAGAGACUCCGCGCAAUCCCCUUUCAACAACACACCUUCCGAUCCGCAAAGACCACGCCCAUCGCCAUACGAGCAGCACACUCCAUUCCUCGCCCGCCCAAAAAACCAGUCUACUUGAAACCCGAGGCCGAGGCGCAGGCCACCGAGUCCAGCGAACCGCCCACAAGCGAAGGGGAACGACCAGAGAUCAAUCCCGCGUACUACCAGCUAUCAUUCACCUGCGUGCCGUGCAGCCACCGCAGCCAUCAUAAUGUAUCGAAGCAGGGCUAUCACACGGGCUCUGUGCUGAUUACGUGUCCUAGCUGUCGAAAUCGGCAUGUCAUUAGCGAUCACUUGAAUAUCUUUGGGGAUAGGAAAAUUACUGUGGAGGACUUGAUGCGAGAAAAGGGGAAGCUUGUCAAGAGGGGUAGUCUUGGUGAGGAUGGGGAUAUUGAAUUUUGGCCGGAGGAGGCGAGUGCCCAGACGGAAAAUGCGAAGGAGUAA